GGAGAAACAAUGGCAAGGUGGGAACCCAGAAUGCUGCUUGAGGCUGUGCUGAGUAAUGCUCGGGAGGCGACGAGAAAUCUGCACAUCCAAGUCCAGAACAUUGACCUGGUGAAAGAUGCACAGAUCCUGAGAUUGAAAUGUGAGAAGGACGGCACAUUCAUCGAUGACAUCAACCCUGGUGGUCUGAUCGAGUCCGUGCGCGAACUUUUGGCUCACAUGAGUGCAGCUCACGUCAAGCUGUAUGUUGAAGCCCACCAGGCAGACCGAGCAGCGAGGUCUCUGUCUCGAGCUCUCAGGACCCUUCAUAAUAAUAUAGUUGCUGCUGCUGAGAGAACCUAUACAGAAGAUGGGGUUGCUCCUGCUGUAAUUAAUGUAGUGAACGAGAACAUCAGCGUAUCUGGCGAGAGAGCCGCUGCCCAGUGUGCCGAGCAGCUGACCCUGUCCAUGCAGGAAAGGACCGAAACAGCAGCGAAGGCCAGAGACGCAUUGAGGGCCAAACACGCACAGAUCUCCAGCUUCAAUAAGGAAGUCCAAGGUAGAGUCGAGAGUAUCCAGUGCCUUGCCAUGUGCGUGGGGGAAGGCCUACAGAUGAUCAAGGAACAACGGAGAGAAAUACAAGCCACAAUUGAUAAGGCUAUCGGGGCCAUGACAUACCCCGCGCCUGUCACGAAAAAUUGCCUGGGGGAGGAGUGCGGGGCGUUCCUAGCUGUGCCACUGAGUCAGCUCCUCACUACUAAAAUGGGAGAGUACGGGUUGCAGAAGAAGGCAGAUCUGUCCACGACUUCCCUAGUGUGGCACGAGCAGUCCGUAAACCAGCCAGGUUGGGAGUCCAUGUGGCGCCUCUGUAGUGCUCUGUUGUCGUGGGAGGGAGUCUUUAGCGAGGUCUGUGAUAAGCAGAGUCAGACGGCGUGCAUCCACAAGCAGAUGGAUCAUUUCGCUUUCACUAAGGUAGCGAUGCAGAACUCAAGGAAAGUUGGAGAUACUCUGACUAUGCAGAUGAUGAAAGAGUUGACAGAGAAAGUCGAAGCAAGUGACAGCCAUUUGGAGAGAGACAUAACUGCACAGACGUCUAAAUGUGAGAGCCAGGUGACCCAGGGUAUGCAGCUCAUUGCCAAGGUUAAUAGGCUGCUCUCGGAAUGGUGGGAGCAGCCAGCCAAAUGCAUUACCAUGUUAUAAGAAUAAACACAUAUAUUGAACUAUUUUCCGUGUACACUUUUUCUUAUAAUAUUAUUGUUUUUCGUUGAAUGGAUAUCAAAGUGUGAUUUGCUUGAAUUAUAUUUGUUUUUGUUGUUUUUGUUUUGUAUAUAUUCUGUUGGCUAAAUGACACAAAAUAAAUUGUUGAU